AUGGAUGAAAUCCAAAGGGUCCAUCCAGUUCUGGACUACGAUUUUCAAAAAGUAAACAACCCGCCACAAGACAAAAUCCAGAUAACAUGGAUUGGACAUGCUACUGUGCUUGUUCAGAUAGAAGGGAUGAAUAUUCUAGCUGACCCAGUAUUCAGUGAGAAGUGUGGCCCAGCUGGUUUUGGCUUACAAUUAGGCUACACACGGUUUCGGUGCCCUGCGUGUCAAGUAGAAGAUCUACCGCCCAUACACGUUGUGCUCAUCAGUCAUAACCACCACGACCACUUAGAUUCUCAGUCAGUCAAGGACAUAGCUCAACUUUACUCAGGUGCCAAGUGGUUGGUUGGUUUAGGCAAUGCGAAGUUUUGCAAGAAGCACGGAUGCAAAGAUGUGAAAGAAUUGAAGUGGUGGGAACCUACAACUGUUGGUGCAUUCACAUUUGUAUGCACUCCAACGCAACACUGGUGCCAGCGAUAUCCAUUAGACUUUAACCAUGCGCUAUGGUGUGGAUGGGUAGUGAAAAGCCCAAAUUACAAGUAUUACUUUGCAGGGGAUACGGGAUAUCAGGGUGAGCUAUUUAAGCUGAUUGGCCGAAAAUAUGGACCCUUUGAUCUUGCAUCAAUACCAAUAGGAGCCUACCAUCCCAGAUAUAUUACAGAAUUUCAGCAUGUUAACCCGGAAGAGGCAGUAGAAGUUCACAAGGAUAUACAAUCCAAAAUAUCUGUUGGAAUGCACUGGGGUACAUUUGAGCUCACCAAUGAGUAUUACUUGGAGCCACCACAGAGGUUGGAAAAACAGAUGAAGAAAGAAAAGCUGGACCUCAAAACGUUCUUCAAUUUGCGAAUCGGAGAAACAUGGGUAGUAGGCGAAAACCGGGACUAUAACCCGCCUUUUAUGGAGAGAGAGAAAGAGAAAACUCAGACACUCAGCGAUGACCCACCUACACAGAGACCUGACGAUGACCCAUCUACACAGAAACUCGGCGAUGACUCACCUACACAGAAACACGGCGAUGACCCAUCUACACAGAGUCAGGGUGAUGACCCAUCUACACAGAGACACAGCGAUGACUCACCUACACAGAGACACGGCGAUGACCCACCUACACAGAGUCACGGCGAUGACCCACCUACACAGAGACACGACGAUGACCCUCCUACACAGAGACACGGCGGUGACCCAUCUACACAGAUACACGGCGAUGACCCAUCUACACAGAGUCACGGCGAUGACCCAUCUACACAGAGACACAGCGAUGACCCAUCUACACAGAGACACGGUGAUGACCCAUCUACACAGAGACACGGCGAUGACCCAUCUGCACAGAGACCCAGCAAUGACCCAUCUACACAGAGUCACGGCGAUGACCCUCCUACACAGAGACACGGCGAUGACCCAUCUACACAGAGUCACGGCGAUGACCCUCCUACACAGAGACACGGCGAUGACCCAUCUACACAGAGUCACGGCGAUGACCCUCCUACACAGAGACACGGCGAUGACCCUCCUACACAGAGACACGGCGAUGACCCUCCUACACAGAGACACGGCGAUGACCCUCCUACACAGAGACACGGCGAUGACCCUCCUACACAGAGUCACGGCAAUCUCUACGAUGACCCUCUUACACAGUGAAUCGGCGAUGAAUCAUCUGUCAGCGAGAAUGAGAAACAGGAAACAUCCGGAUCUACCAGUUGGGCAAAGAUGAACCUUGGAGAAAAUGGACAAUGAAUAUUGAAAAAACACUGACUACACUGUAUAGAUGAUACUAUAAUAAUAUAGAUAAUUGAAGUUUUGAUAAGUGUUAUAAAUAUAGUACUGAUUGAUGUAAUCGUUUUGUGGUGUUUGAAGUUCGCACAUACUUGGUAUACUAGUAUGGCAAGAAAGGGUUUUUAAAGUUUUCAAACAGUUUAUUGUUAGUAUGAUAUUUACAUUUCAAAAUCAUGCUUGAGUUGUAAUUAAAACUGUGAAUAAUCAUUAAUCACUUUAAUCAUAUUAUAUAUUAUAGAUAUGUUGAAAGAAUUACAUUUUAUUCACUAUUUUAACUCCACACAAGAAACCAAUCAUCUAUUAACACUAUAAGAUGCAAUGUUACCCCCCCCCCCCCACCACACACACACAGCUUCAGCAUCAAGUUUCUUUUCAUUUCUAAACAUUUAAUGAUGCUUUCUCAUUAUUCCUUACCUUAUAUUUUAGGCGUGAUUUGGAGGUGUACAUUUGUAAUAAGUUAAUAUAUACUUGUGCCAUUUAGUACUUUAUACAUUGAAUUUAAAACAGUGCAAUGCAUUUUAUUCUGAUAUACUUGCACAUAUAAACAGUACCUGUUCAUAUAUUGCUCUUUAAUUAUGUCAGAGUACAGUGUACAUAAUUAGAUUCACAAAUAGUUCUAAUUUUUUCUUUAUUUUGUUCAGAUUUUUGUUGGGCUAAUCUCAUUGUUUUCGCAUUUUUAAUUUUUAAAUAAACCACAAGUUCACUAUUUUUGGUUUAAUUUCAACCAUUUGAAGAAUCGCCUUAUACUUAGUGUUACAAUGUUUCAAAAUAUAUCACUUAAUUUAACAGCUGGAAAUCUACUGUGCGCCAAUUGCUUCUAUAGAAACGCAAUUUUAGCUUUCCAAGUGCAUGUGUACAGAACAAAAAGUCAUUUUGUCCUUCUCUUGCACAUAUUCGGGGAUUCUAAGGUACAUUGUAUAGGACUAAGGCGUAUAUCAAAAUUGAGGGCAUUUAACUUCAGGCAACUUUGUAAUGAUUUUUUUGGGGCAUAAAUCCCCCAUUCUCAAAAAGACCCCUGGUAUUUUUUAGGAAUGACAAUUAUAAGCUGUAGGAACACUAGAAAUCUUAAAGAUUCACUAUUACUCCGAAAUAAGAUUCAACACAUUAAAUAUAAUUGUUUAAAUAUAUCAAAAAGUAUAAACAAAUGUCAAAAACAAUGGUGCUUAUGAAGGAUUACGAAAUUAAUUUGAAAGACAGGUGUUGAAAACACAGUAUUUCUGACUUAUGAGAUGAUAGUAGAUCCAGUAAAUCUUUUAGCAUUCACCAAUCAUUUAAUAUUUUUUGAGUUUUUAGCUAUUAAAUACAUAGUCAUAAUCUUGUUAUCAGUAAUUAAUAUUUUUCAUUUUUAUUUAGUAAGUUGUUUAAGGUUUAUCACUCAAAAUUUAUGUUUGUUAUACAUGUGUAUGUAUAGAUUUUGAAUAAGAGAGGCACUUUAAUUUUACAAUUCAAUUUGUAUGCUCAGUUGGUAACGUACCUGACCUAUAAACCAGCAGUAAGUGGUUCAAGCCUAACAGGGGGCACAUUUUGUACAGGGUUUAAUGUUAAUUACUUGAUUUUUAUGUUAAAACAAUUGUUCCAAUGCAGACACAGGAAAAUGAGUUCGUCUAAAUUUGUGAAAGUAUACAUAAAUACAGUAUCGUGCGAGUUUAUUUAGAUUAACAUAAUCUACUACUUUCCCAUGAAUGUUUGCCCUAUCGAGUUUUUGUUUGUCUGUUCUUGAAGAAAAGGGUCGAGGUAUUUGUCAUAGCUUUGGUGGUGAAGUUGGCGAUGUCGCCAAUAUCAACCUUGGCACUGUUCAAGAUAUUCAAUGGGAACUUGGUACCUAUACUAGCAUGUACAGCAAAGCCCAUAACAUACAUAAGUAAGUGUUGAGUUAUGCCCCUUUUCCGACUGAAAAAACCCAACAGACACGCUUUGACAUGACUACCUUCAUAAUAAGCAGAUCAGUUCAUUGUUUGUAACAGGCUUUCAUUUUGUCUGCAAUGCUCCAAUGUGCAAAACUAUUUAAAGGGAAAUAGCCCCCUUAAUGCGAAAACAAAUACUUUCUAAGUUAUCAACUAAGAGGUUGUACUUAAAGCCCCUGUGAAGUUCUAUUGUAAUAUGCUCAAAAUUGCAGAUUUUUUUUCUUCAAAAUUCAGUAGAAUGCCAUUUGGACUGCGCAAUGCUCUUAUGUGCAAACUAGUGACAGUCAAUACAUGUCUGAUCUGCACAUGCAAACAGUUAUCAUAACUAUGCUUUAAACAAAAUGCAUGUGCGAAGUUUUAUCACCAUAUGUACAGUAGUUUCAAAAAGAGUGUUUUUGAGACUUUAUUGAGUUGACCCUUAGCAAACUUAGUUUGGUUACAGAAUUGCCCGAAAGAAUUCUCUGUCAAAAUUCUCUGUCUUGCACGUCGUUCACUGGAGACUAGACCGGUGACUUUGUUUAGUUUAAAACGGUCUUAUAAAAAGUUCCUAAAACUUUGAAGGGGCACAUUUUUUUUAAUUUUAACUCUUUUCAUGUUUAACUCAAAUGUUGUCUUUGGCAUCAACCUAUAUUUUGACCCUUUAAAGAUGAAUCCCUGACGUUGGACAGUGAUAGAUGAUCGUGAAAGGGAAGUAACUCAUUGGCACUUCAUAAUAAUUUUAUAUGGUCAAAUAUUUUUACAAAUAUAAUGCUGUGCUUGCAGAAGGCAAGCUUUGGCAAUAUUGCCAACUCACAGUUGAAACUUUCAAUGCUCAGUUGCAUAAAUUUGUCUUCAAUUUCAAAACACAAACUCCAGUUUCCAUUAUUAUACAAUUUUAAUUCUACUAUGCUGAGUAAACUUUAAUUUGGUUUGUAAAUCCCAUAAUUAUGAACAUAAAAAAAUGUCAAAUGAACAUGUGUGACAUUCUCUAUAUUUAGCAUAACGGUAAUGAUCACUGUUAUCAAUAAAAUUAUGAGACUGAAUCAUUCUAUUGUUAUAAUAAUUAUUUCCUUUUUAAUGCCUUGUUUAAAUGAAUAAAACAUGGUACAGUA